AUGGACGUCGAUGAACGCGUAUUCAGCCUUCCCUUCGGUCCCGUCGGCGGCGUUAAGAGACUUUUUAUUAAUCAGCAGAUGAUUACGAGUUUUGUGUUCUGCGUCGUUGUGCACCACGUUAUUUCUCCGUUCGCAUUUGGGCGCUGCAAUGCGAUCUACCGUAGUCUAAGCAAGAACCGUCGGAUGGAAUGGGAUUCAAGGUACACCUUAGCCACAUGCCGUCUAGUUUUACAUCUCUCAACUGCUAACGCCCAACAGUUCGGGCAUUCUCCCACACAGUUACAUAUUUAGGCUUGCCCCAGUUUGCCUUUUGUUUCGAUUCGUAUUCACUCGAAUCACCUUUAGCAUCUGAAUGCGAACAUAUACUGUAGUUGGCUUUGGAAAGCUGUUUUUUUCGUGUACUCAGUCCUAAUUUCAUUUUUAGAGUUGAAACACACCGAGUUUAUGACACCUUUGCAGGCUAUGCAACUGUCUAAUGGACUUUAUGCACCGCUGCCCACAAAUGACGAUGAUGAAUGUCGGCACUUUUAAAAAGUUCGCUUCCGUCCGUGUCUGCAAUCGUCGGAAGUUUGUGAUCGAAAAUACCUUACCUAUCUUUGCCCUCUUCGGCGACCAUACGCACAAUGCUUAAUUGAGUUUUGCGUAGUGUUGACUUCAGAAGCCCCGUGUCUUCCUCAAAUUAGGGUUCUCACCGACGCCAAAACCGAAGAAAGCGCGCCGUCAGCUUGUCCUGUUUUCACUGUCCAUCGAUUAUCAAAUGAAGUGAGAUAGUAGUCAGUGAAGGUUAGUACUUAGUUGUCCUCCGGACAAUUAGUAUUGACUAUUAGACCGGUCUUCUCCUCACUAGUCCCACAGGGUCCAUCCCAUAGGCGAAAUCAGACGCAUAUACUGGUCGCGACUAACAGCGGUUUGGUCAGUAUUGCCCAUGGACGACCUCAGCCACUGACAAAAAUCGAUGCUCCUGAUAAAUGUCGAUGUCCGCUGCGUUGCUGCCAACUACGUCUGAGAGUCACUGAGCUCCUCUCAACUUAUCGUAACCCGUGGUUUGGCAUGGUAGGUAUCAAGUUUCUUCGGCAAAUUUGGGUUCCAGUUGCCUACCUGCUCAUUCGAUCAUUUGAAGCAUCGCACAAAGUCUAAAGCAGCUAUUCAACAUUAGCAGACACCUUACGCUGUUAACAACUAAACUGACAGACCCCUUCGAAUCUACAUUGGCGAAGAAUGACUGUCAUUAGUAGUAGUGGUGACGUUUAUGGCUAUCGCGUUUGAGCUGACGAUUUCGACUCAUGACAUGCGUUAAUCCGCAUGCAGUGGUUUCACUUGGGUUCCUAACUAUUUUUUUUAUCUCUGUCAUGCAUUAGACAGUUGCCCGACUUUGUCGGUCGUUGCGCCUACUCCCGUCCACGCUUUUUUGACUCUGCAAAGCAACUGGGACAUUGUGGGAGUCGAGUCGAUUUAGGCCAAGUCAGGCGCUUAGUUCCUUCAUGAUAAACAUUCAAGCACGCUUUAGGACUACCACCACGCACUAACGGUCGUUAAUUGACAAGUUUCUAGCUGGUUUAGGACUGAGGAUCAGGCUGCAACACCCUCCUAAUGUAGCAAUGGUUUGAAUUAUGCGUAGUCCGAGACCUCAUUGGUAGGUGUGAAACCAUGAGCCACAACAUGCGUCCAUGCGUUAUGUCGGCCGCUGACCUCCCCGCGCAUCUCCAGUAGUCUUUACUUUGCCUCGCCACCAGAACACACCGGGUGUGGGAAGACUGAAAUGGAGUGGACACGACUUAAAUCUAAUCCACUGUAAACAGAUGUUAACGCAGCUCAUCACUGUGUUCUGUCCGAGAAAGUGGUGGACUUUGCCGCUCUUAACGGUCAAGCUUUUUAUAGAGUUUAACCACGCGCUUCAGUCAUAUGCCUAUAUCCUUACCUGCAGCCUGUACUUUCCAGUUUGCAGGAUGUUGCCAAUUUUAUUUCGGUAUGCUGUAUAACCGGCCUCAUAUCCCCGGUGUUUUCACAGGCCUUGCCUUUCGUCUUGUGGGUGGAGCCAUUGGUCGGAAAACUAUAUCCUUAGCUGUUUUUAACGGUCGGGAUAUGCCGUAACAGCAGGUUCGGGGGACUGCUGAACAUAGUCUCGUUUGGAUUUGCGAAAACAUCCGGGCUAAUUAAUUUGAUCGUCAGUUAGAGUCUGGCCUGUCUCUGUUAUUCCCCCUUGUCAUGGCGUCGACUCCGGACGAGUAUAUAUCCUCGUUCCAUGCCUUUUGACUGCAAUGGUAACUUCCUUGCCAUAAAGAGCGGAUUAAGCAUUAGAUACUUUGACUUUCAGUUUAUGUUACAUCAAAUUUGUUGGACGGUGUUGCCAAUAACAUUUCCGAUCUGUCUUUUCUCAACUUUAUGAGAUGCAGAUGAAUGCAGAGCAUGCGGAUUUAGCAUUCCGCGGAAAGUUUACUUGUCAUCACGUUUGUCCUAUUGAAAAACGAUUAGGGAACCUGAUAGAUCAAGUGUAGACGGUGGUGAGGUCGGGAUUUAUCGGCGCACUCCAUGGCUGUCAGUAAUCUUCCAAGGUACUAAGUCUGGUAGUAUGCAAUGCAAAAAAGAAGUCACCGUGCUCACUCUUAUGUUUAAAAUUCCUUAUCGACAAAGUCGAGGCGGAACUGAAGCACCUGGUCAUAAUUGUCACCACGCCGAUUAUGAACUCCCAGCGAUCCGUUGUCCUUUCAGACAAAAGACGAUCAGCCUGAGAUUUAGUCUCCGCGUCAAGCAUCACGGAAGGCGUCCGACAGUGGCAUCGGUAGCGAUUCGAACAGUUUGGAAGCCUCUGGUAUCUACAAUUUGAAUCCGUGUGGACCGUUUUCUUUCAUGCAUUUAUUUUCUCGCCUUUUCAGGGUUGUUUCAAGUAUCCACGCGACUGUUGUCAGCGUCCUCUGCCUCCUUUCCCUCGUCAAAGAAAGGGAGCUUUGGCAAAACCCAUUCUUGUACGUUUGUAUCCCCUUGUUGGUUAUGAGACGUCAUCUUUUAACAGCUAAUCUAGCUUACAGCGAUUCAUAGCAGGAUUUUUUAGCACCCUUCCUCAGUGUGUCUGUCUUGUCCGGUUGCGUCAAUUCUUGUAUCUACUUUCCGGCAGACAUAUAAGAUGACUACUUCAUGGAUUACCUCGCUAAGUCGGAAUUUUUGGGGUUGGUUUGGAUUUAGUGACUGCCCCGUGCGUAAUCCCGCCGUUUGUAAAUUCUCAAGUAAUCUUGACUUCGUUAGUGGGAAUGUUUACAACCCAUCUCCUCUCGUGAUCGCUCUAGCGCCAAAUGUCACUUCUAAUGCUAUUCACUGCAGCCAGUGAGUUUUUUUACGGUCAGCCUGCAUUAAUUCUAGACCACUUGUCAUUCAUUGGUGACAUUUCAGUCAAGUCUUUACCGCUCUUCAAUUCCUAUGAUUUAGGGUAACCGCUCGAACUGUUGUGCUAUGGGAGAAAUUUCUUGUUUCCAUCAGAUUUCGCUAAGAACGCUGAUGUAAAGGCAACUUUUCACAACAUCUAAACUCAUUCGAAAACCGUCUUGGACAACCUGAUAUUUCUCCUUUCACUGCCGCACCUGGUUUUCGUUUUCCACCUUUGAAUACAUCUCUGUUCCGUUUUUUCGCGUUAGCGGUUUAUGUACUGUUCCGAAGUCGACUUUUUCAUGUUUACCUACCGCAUCGAAUCUUGGUUGAGGUUCGUGUAUUAAAUCCCUUUCCGUCCUUGGCUGUUUGAAAUUUUCUGCAGUUCCAGUGAUCACAAGGGGUCUUAGAGCGCCUAACUGUUCCAUGACCGUAAAAACUGGCACCCAAUAUCUGUUUAUGCUUGCAUCCCUCUCAAUGCCGUCUACAUAACAUCCAUCAAAAUUCACCUCGGUUGUCUUGAUGCGCGUUUCCGGCCUGUCGCUUGUGUACCACACGUUUUAUGGCAACUACAUCCGCAAUGUCGACGCACCUGGGUAACUGGCAACCGGUUGAACUUCGCGCACCUAGGCCGGGUGUCGAAAGUAUCGCGUCUCAUGGGUAGGCGUCUGCAUUCGUCUUCAUUUUUUGCUAACGCCACUGCGCAUGAUGGACCAAACCCUCACCUAAAAAGUGAUCGUUAUUCCGCGAGGCCGCAGAAGUGCAGCCGAACUUACACACCCAAUCUUAGUUCAUAUGUCCUCUGAAUCCGUAGUAAAUUUUCAAGUUUCGGAUUUUGGCGACGUAAAGCAUGGCCAACCUCGAGCGGCGGGUUUAGAUUAUUUGUUACCUUCCUGUAUAGUACGAUCCUCUUUUUAUCUUAAAAUUCCUGGUUACUAGUUUUCAAGAGGGCUUUGUACUUCUGUUUAAAUGAGUACUCCGCUGUGACCGAGGAGUAUUAAAAUCGUUAAGACAGUGUAGAUAGCAAUUUGCGCGUUCAGUCCGGCUUGGCCUUAAUUGAAAUGUGUCGGUUUUUGGCUGUACUUUUUUCGAUCAGCUAACCUUUGCAAAAAAGGCUUGCGUCCGGUACUUACUGAAAUGUUGAGAGAACCACUUUCCACUCUUUGUUUUCCGUGGACCAAUCCUCCAGAGAAUGCUCGAAUUCUUCCGGUGUGUCUGAUGUGCACUCAUGCAUUCAUAGGAUAUGGGGACAUUGUUUCGCCAAUUCUUAAACUGUCCAACAAGCAGCUGGCUUACUUUGGAGUUGAAGGUUUCUUUGUCGUCCCAAGUGAAGGGUCUGUGUUGGAUAUAGGGUGCCGGCUCUCGUUCCGUAGGUUGGGCUAUAGACAAUACCUCCAACCUCCCGCAUCCAUACAUUGUUUUUAGAGAUGUAUUGUGGAUGUUGCUGCAGUGCGCGCAAUCUCAUCUGAUUUGCCUGUACUCCACUCGGUAAAAAAUGUCUCUUUCCGUCUCCCCACUUGUUAUUUCCUACCCGCCUUUGCUUUUGUUUAUCAUUGUUAGUGCUAGGUGGGGUUAACUUCCUUUCAACUUCAGAUAAAUAGCCUCUUCCGUGAUUAACGUUGGCCCUUCGGUACUACAUGUGCUCGUGCUUCCACUUGUCAUUUUAGUGCGACGGGGGACAUUGCCCUACACGCUCUGUCCAUUUCAAUUGGAUACUUCAUGUGUGGUAAGCAGGUUUUUAGUGCGUAUUUUGUCGUAAUUUUAACAUUCGGAGCUCAACAUCUGCCCAUUCUUUAUCUAUACCAGCCUUUUCACAUAUGAACAGGAAAGUGGCCCUGUUUUUAAGCUCGCCAAGCCACCGCACGCCUUUGGUUAUUGAAAGACCAAAUCCCUCAGCCAGAAAAGCCUACCCAGCUGUUUUUCGAAUGAAUUAAGGAAGGAAUGUUGAUCCCCUAUUACACUUAAAACUAAGCUGCUGAACAGUUCUGCCAAAGUCGAAUACCAACAGGUUUUACUUUAUUUUUUCGCUACCAAGAUAGAUGAACUGGAGUAACUUUCUCCAGCAAUUCAGCGAGUUCCGGGCGUCCGUACAAUCGCCUCAAAAGUUCUUUACACAUGAGGAAGGAAGUAGAGUUUCUGGGACUCAAUUUCUUCAUUGGGCCUGGCGUUUAUGUGACUGCCCUUGGCGUCUGCGGCAUUUUUUUCAAAAAGCUGACUAGAUAUCUGUUUAACCAGAAUAACCGGAAUAAAUGAACCAGUGCCCUCCCAAGCAGAUCUUGUUUGCUGUAGUACCAAAAGACUUGAUGAAAAAGAAGUUCAGACACAACAUCAUUUGUGAGGUACAAGAUGAUUGUCUUCGCACUUGAGGAUGGUUUCGGCACCAAUGCCUUUUCUGUAGGCCUUGUGAGGUUGCCAUCACUCAGUUUUUGUUCGGUCAUACAGGAAUAAGCGCUCACCUCUCCACUGGCCUUCUGAAGCCCCGAGUGUAUAGGAGGAGUCACUAAAAGACAAUUGCCUGCCAGACCGAACUCAACUAAGAUUUGAUGACGACUGAAGCUGCCAGGUGGUUAGGUAUUAAGGAAUUUCAGUUCGAUGAGAUACCUUUCACAAACCAAAUCUGGAGGCCUUAUGUGGGAGCGCACGUUCAUGUUCCUGAUUCCCGCUGGUGAUCAGAGUUACUGUUGGCCGAAUGAGGACAGAACAGGCCUCAAACGCGCUGUUUUUGCCCCUAUAUCCGUCUGUAUGUAGGUAGUUGACCGUUCGCCGUUGUGCCAUUCUUUCGGACUUUCAUCUGCGAAACCAGUGUGCGCCUGUUUCCCUAUAAUGUAUUUAUGUUCACUCAGGAAUGGGAGCACAUUGAUCCAUUGACUUCCCGAAGCAAACAAGCUUCGUAUGGGUGAUAGGAGUCACGAACAGGCAAACACCUACCAGGCCGAAGUCGGCCAAGCCAUGAAAGCAGGAGGGAGACGACAGUCUCGGGGUAGAUUGAUACAGAACUGUUUCGGGCUUGUUUGCCCUCAUUCGGUCAAUCAUAACGCUGGCCACCAGCUGGGACCGGAAACACAAACAUACGCUCACACAUCUGGCGCAACUGGUCCGCCAUUUGGGUCUACCAGAUGGAUCAUAAGCACUUCGUCGAACCGAAGCUCAUCAGGGUCUCGCCACCUGCCAUUCCCUGUUGCUGCAAAUUGAGUAUUUAUUCCCUCAGAAAUGGGCGCACUCCGAUCCAUUGGGUUCCCGAAGAAAUUGAAUAAAUACUCGAUCUGCAGUGACAGAAUGGCAGGUGGCGAGACACCGAUGAACUCCGGUUCGCACUGAAUCCAGUAGAUGACGUUCGUGGUUUCACCUCAUGGCAGAGUAGCCUUUAGGUCUCAUGACCAGAUGUCGAAUUGUUGACUCCGGUCUGCGGGCGAUGCCGAUCCCCAGCGGUCUUAAGAGACGGGAGACCGCCUCAGAAGCGCCGUCGAUGUAUGGAAGCGCCCGCUAUAUUUUUGGCCGUUCUGUCACCAAACGUCGGCUUGGUCCGGCCUGUCUGCUGCGUUCGAUGAAGUUGCGAGGAUACCCGUUGGCCAUUAAGAGACGCUGGAGGUAGCGUAGUUCUGACCUUCUGUCGUCUGGCUCGCUGCAGUGUGUUUCUGCCCUUCUGUAGAGUGUUCGCACACAACUACGCUUGUGACCUAAGGGGUGCUUACUGUGGUAGCUCAGGAUUUGAUGUGAAUUGGUGGUCCUUGUAUAUACCGUCGUUUUUAGGUGUCCAUUGGGUUUUCGAUGGACGAGAACGUCCAUGAACGGCAGUUGGUUGUUGAUUUCCGCCUUCAUUGUGAACCGGAUGUCAGGGAGAACAGAGUUCAGGACAUCAUGGAAUUCUUGAACCAUUUUCCGCUUAAUCAUAACGAAAGUAUCAUCGACCAUUUCUGGCUUGUCAGCUGUCACCAGCUAGCUAUACCGAACCCCAGGUUUUCCGCACGUGAGAUUCGAACCGGGGAUCUUUAACAAUUGGGUUGACGCUGUAGCACUGGACCACGAACCUGUUGUCUCGUCGGUUGCGAUUUGGAAUGUUACCUAUGUUGGUAUUGUGUUCACCGAUCGGGUCACCAAGCAUGCUCACCUCAUCGUGUCUUUAGAACCUACGAAGGCAAUCGCAUAGUGACCCAGAAUGUAUGCUGAACGGAAUACCAACAAAGGCACGUGAGACUGGAAUGACAAUUUCUGACUUGUCAGCCGUCAUCAGUUGGCCACGCCCAACCCCAGGUUUGCAGCGCGCACUCCUUAUGUGGGUGUCAGGUUCUGGUCACUGAAUGUUUCCGGUCUUCGGUUUACUGCACAAUGGCCUUCCAAGGUCUGAGUAACGGCACCUAUGCAAACCCACACAAGUGCGUUUUCGUGAGAAAUGGCAGAACCAGGCCGUUUUUCCUACUCCAUUUUUAUUGUAGGCCUUGCAUUCACAGCACACCUUCAAAAAUGAGCGUUUUCGUAAACACGGGCAGUUAAUGGUGUACAUCGUUCCUGACCGUGUGGAUAUUUACCUAAUGGGCUUACUUCCUCGACCCGCACCAGGUCCUUUUGUGCUUAACUAAAACAUUGCCUUGUCUAAUUUCCGAGGAAAUGAAUGCGCGAGCUUGGAGUAAAUUCUUCGGAACAGACCUUUUCAGACACCUUUCGAAAGCUCUUAUGAAUAUUUGAGCUGAAUCCCAUCAGCUACUGUGGAAUAACUGUGUAAUAUUCACAAACCGCCAACAGGCAGCCAGUAGUAUAGAACUGUGCAUUGAUUUACCGUACUAUAACAACACAGGUAAAAGCUCAGACGCGUGUUUCGCCGACCUUAUGCCGCUGCCUGACGUCGCUGCGAGGGGUUCGGCUCGUCAAUGGGUCCCCCAGCUUCCCCGGUGUGUUUUCUGGUAUACGAACUCCAGUCCUACCUGGCCCUGUUUAAUUUCCGAAGAAAUUAAUGUGCGAACUUGGGGUAAAUUUUUCAGAGCAGACCUUUUUUGCCGGUUUGUAAAUAUUACGCGGUUAUUUUGCAGUACCUGAUGGAUUUCAGAUCAAAUAUUCAUAUCAACGGUUGGACCGUGCCUGAAAAGGCCUGUUUUGAAAGAGUUACUUCAAGUUCGCGUAUUCAUUUCCUCAGAAAUUAAACAAGGCAAGCUGAAACUGGAGUUCAUAUAGCAGAAAACACACGGGGAAGGCUGGGGGACCCACUGAUGAGCCGAACUCCUCGCAGCUGCGUCAUGCAGCGACGCAAGAUUGGCGAACCACGCGUGUCUGAGGCUUUAGCCUGUAAAUAAUUACACAGUAUUAUCUACAACAGUCAUUAGUGUUCAUGGCUCACAGCCCAGGCAAUUUAUUUGCCGGGUUUAUGUCCCGAGCAAAUUCUGCACCAAUUACGGGCUGUUGGCUCACGAUGGGUACAGUCAGUUAUCUUAAAGAAGGAGACACGAUCACUGGAACAAGUUUAUUGGCCUGACGUUUCGGAUUCCUGCUCGAACCCAUCAUCACAGACAAAAGCAGACCCGUAUCUGCUUUUGUAUCCGAUGAUGGGUUCGAGCAGGAAUCCGAAACGUCAGGCUAAUAAAGCUCUUGUCCCAGCGAUCGUGUCCCCUUCUUCAAGACUGCCUCCUGGGACUCGUCUCUUCGCUUCUAUUGACGGUCAGUUAUGUUUUCCCUCCUCAGAUCAGAAGCAUUGAAAGUCUAUGCAAAAGGGCACUGGACCACUGUGGUCACUGUAUGAAAGGAAUUGAUUAGUUAUUUUUUCGAUCGAUAUCGGCUUGGAGGAUCCUCUAUCGAGCGUCAUCAUGUCACGCUUCAUGACUGAAUUUGUAUUUUGUGCAGCGUGAUAUCAGGGACCAUUAGCACAUAUUCCCAGCAAAUGCUGCUGGCUGACUUUCGUCUAACAAAUUGAUUAUCUGAUCUUACAUAUGGACCCACUUAUUUUUUCAUUUUUUUCUACUCUUAGGAGUCAGCCACAGAAUCAUCCCACAGAAGUUAAAGAUCCUCUUAGGGCCUAUGUGGUUUCCUACGUUUAAAUUCUAUGGACUAGCUAAAUAAACUACAGACAAAUAAACUCGAUAUAUCCAGGGAGCAGAUAAAUGUGACUGCCUGUAAUGCCUUUUUAAGUCUAACUUUGCACCUGAUUUUCGCGAAAGACAAGGCAGACAAAUCUGCUUGUAGUUGCUGCACAAUGUGUUCACACAGUAACUGAAACGUCCUCAGAUUAACAUUAUGUCUGUGCGUCCAACUACCUUAACUUUUGAACUACCCUCCUACAGCCGGUUUUGUGUGCUGUUGGUGGGAAUUCUGUCUGACUCUAACCAUGCCGACACGCAAGCUGGAUUGCUUCUUCCCAUUGAUGCUCAUUGACCUCAAUAUAGUCGCCAACUCCUUUCCCCUUUUUUUGCUCCCAUAGAUUUGCUGUCAAUGCCCAUCUACUAUAGAGGCAAAAAUCUGGUCAUCUUCAUUGUGCAUCACUUAGCUGCCCUGAUAGCGUUCUACCUCAUUUAUGUGAGUUAACUGUUGCUCCCUUACUCCCGUCCCCGUCCCUUGUUACUCCACGCCUACUUUUUCUUUAACAUGCGGUUGAAAACUUCUCUUGCUACGUCCGCACUCUGUUGCUUCCACGGUGUGGUGAUUCAUUAGCCCUCUUUUUGUUUAUAAUCGGGGUUCAUCGUAAACGACAGGACAACCACUAUGCGAGGGACACAGUUUUGAUUUGCGCGUAAGACAGCCGUUAGCCUCGUCUAUUUCCUUUACCAUUUAUUCCGUUUCAACGUCAAGACAAAAUUCAGAUGACCAGAGAUUAGUGUUGAUAGAGCCAUCGUCCUGGCGUAAAGUCUCUGUUUGCGCGUGCCGCACAUGCGACAGGUUGGCUUGCGAACGACGAUGUCUAGCACGUGUGCCACAGCAUGGUGGGUGCAGGACGCUGACUAACACCUGAAUGAGUUUAUCGUGGUAGCAGACUUGCGCACCAUCUGUCAUACCCAUUUCUCGCUUACCUGAGCGAGGUGAGAAGAGAGGGUUAGGAUGACCGGGGCGAACUCGGGCGCAGCGGCUGACAAAGUUAAACAGUCCGUCUGCGCUUACCACGAACGACCUGAUCUCUGCACAAUAUAUCAUGUUUUCAUAAAAGAAGGGGGCGGUUAUGGUGCCAUAGGAGUGUCAUAGAGGUCACACCAUGAAGGAGCCAUCGAACAUUACUUUCAGUCCACGUACGCACAAUACUGCCUACGAGGAUCGCGUUAUCUCGUCAAUUGACAGUCUUCCAAACCACGACUUUUGGUGUGUCAUGAUGGUUUUAAAGUACGUCAAAUUUAUUGUAGUGAGGAAUGCGUUAAAGUGCCGUGGGGAUGGAACUUCAGAGUCGACCUCGCUCUCCUCUCCCGCGCAGCGUCCAGGCUGGUCAGCUAUCUGGUGCUGGGAUUGAGCGCGGUGACCGACAGCUCAUCAGCCCGUCUACACGGGCCGCUCAUGACCUGGCCCUCCGACGCAGUGUGUCAGCUUUUCCCGGGGCGGAAGAGACUCGGGUUUGACGUGUAUGCGAGUGCCAUGAAGGCCACAUCAAGAGGGGACCAUCAAGUCUGACGCCAUAAAUGUGCUGGCUCAGGUUUCGUUAACUUAGAUCCUACGGCAGUGAGAGUUACCUUAGACCACCACAAGAAGGAGCUGCUGUAACGGACACCCCAUCCGAAGACCACGUCAUUGUCGUUAGUCGACACCCAGGUCACAGACUUUGAAACAUCGUGAUAAUAGAAGCCUGUACGGCAAACAUAUGUUGUCCAUGAGUGUUCGUCAUGUCGAUGCAGUUGUCUAGUAGGUUAAUAUCUGACUGAAGUUAUAAAAGGGAUAACUAGUUCUUUUAAUAUGAACAGUUCGGAAGGUCUUUCGUUGGGGGGGGGGGGAGGAUAGGGGAGUAAGGGAAGUGUGUUAUAACUUGCCAAGCUGAGAAAUUGCAAGCAGUUUUCUUGCCUCUAAUUGCUCGUCUUUGUCUAUUUGACUGACUAAAUGGCCAAGUAUAGGCUACGACAAAAUUUGAUAUAUAACGAGGCGAGUGUAGUGGUGAAUUGUACGUACACUUUCUUAUGAAAAAUUGACUUUAGGGUACAUCAACGUCACUAUUCAAGUUUCCACCGUGUCAGGACGACGGGGAAGGGGGAGCGUGGGUACGCAGGCGCAUUAGUUAAUAAGGCCAACUAACACGUCUGCGUGUACCUCUGACGGCCUGGUUCCAAACUCCGCGUAUAUCAUGCCUCUAUGGGGGAGUCUAGAGUCGCACUGGAAAGAGGUUCCAUAAAGAGGAGCAGGUUAUCCAAUGCGCCUUCGAAGUUUAAAAAAUGGCGAGGAAAUGGGGCGAAAAGUUAGCCUCUACGCUCUUCCACACUGCACUAGUUCUAGUUAAGCUGUCUGGGGACUAGGUCGGAUGCAGUACCUGACGUAGCUUAAGUUUAUCGUCUCUAAGGUGUCACACCUGUUCGGUCUCCUUUUCUAUCUAACAAACGAACGCAGCCUGCUGGGUUACUUCAUGACAACGUUAAGAGACAGUACACAAGUAAACCACUGCGAAGGAAGUCAGUGUAACAUGGCAGUGAAACCGUUUAAGACUGGGAAUGGGAUGCCAGUGAGUCUAAAAGGUAAGGUCCAUGUGACUCCUCAGGUUCCUCUCUUUCCGCGGGAGCCUUUCCACCCAUGUCGCGCGUACAUUUACGGGUGAUCGUGCAUGUGUCGAUCCGCCCAUAAAGUUUCUGGUGGUUAAUCGGUUCCACCAACUCCGCACUGCGCGCUACGUGAUUUGUGCUUUUCGAUCGCUCAUCAGCUGAUCAGAUCUAGAUUACGUCCAUCAGUAGGUUUAUUACCCUACUUGUUCACACUUCAAAUUCUUUUGCAAUUCUAGGUUUAUAGAAUUGGGAUCUUUUUUGGAAUCUAUCGGCUCACCACUGAGCUUUCAACACCGUUCACCAACCAGCGGUACGUUUCAUCUUUGCCUGCCAUAACCUAGAACAUGGUUUAUCCAGUGGGCACUUCUGGUAGAUUACUUCACUUUCUUGAGUAUCCUAGCAUUCACGAGAACGUUAGUGUAGACUUUGGUGAGGUACAGUCAUCCGGCCAACGUCCAUGAACUUUUAUUUAGUAUCUCUGUCGGCCGACUUAGUCGACAUAAAAUUUCAUCGUUUUGUUGGCCGAAACUCCAGGCGCAGACCUCCAUAAUGUGAAAAUUCAUUGAGGCUUGUUCUGCAGUCGAAUUCUUCACAUCUAUGGUCUUUGACGUUUGUGUUCGUUAAAGCCCUGCCUUCUAUGCCGAGAUCUGUCUCAAAUUGUCUCAUGGGAACGGAUUUCCAUCUUCAAAAUAGCCGCUCAGUUAACCGGGGGAUUAUCUGCUCAUUGCGAGUAAAAAUAACUGUCGAGCCUAGCCUAACAGCGUCCGUUGCGUGAAGAAGGUCGAGGGUUUUCGGCUCUUGGGCUAGACCUGUUAUCUAGUUUGAUUUUCUGCUGGAGUUAGUGCUGCUUUCUAGCCUUAUGGAAAAAUCAACCGUGAUUAAAUUAAUAUGGGGGGGGAAGGCGAUGAUGAUGAUGAUGAUGAUGAUGAUGAUGAUGAUGAUGAUGAUGAUGAUGAUGAUGAUGAGGAGGAGGAGGAGGAUGUGCGUCUGCUGAUUGGGAUGUUGGCAGUGUUGGUACUGCUGCUACUGAUGCUGGUGUUUUAAGACGCGCGAACUAUAGUCGUCCGGCCAUUCAUAGACACAUUAAGUUGCGGCUCGUCGGACAGCGGCUACAUGGGUCGGUUGAUUGUGAGGAUAGGUUCUUGUAGCACCUGUAUUCAAGGGCUAACGCUACCGCUCACCCCACGGGCACAUCAAUCGAAGACUAAGAUUGUGCUGGACGACGUAGAAGCCUUAUUUUAUGGCGGACAACAUCCGCCAUGUCGCAAUAUCGUCAUGCUUGUUGGUCAUUUUACGGGUGACCGAUUUUUUUAGAUUGGAGCUCAGUCGUGCCUGCAGGCAUUAGUACCGUAUCGUCCGCACCGCUUAUUCUUCCGGCCCGAGUCCACAUAACCCGCAACUAGCCCUCUCUGAUGAUGGUUCUACUUUGCGCCAACCUUGAACGAGCUGGGUGGCCCUCAGUUGGGCCAGUUGGCGGGUCACGUCUUCUCGGGAUUCUAUCUUUCCUGAAUGCUGGCGGUGGUGGUGUCGGUGGUGCUACUGCAUCUGAUGAUGAUGAUGAUGAUGGUGGUGGUGGUGGUGAUGAUGAUGAUGAUGAUGAUGAUGAUGAUGAUGAUGAUGAUGAUGAUGAUGAUGAUGAUGAUGGGCUGUCAUUAAUCUAUUUCAUAAUUUUCCGUAGUGAAAUCGCCAUUUCGAUCUUCAUAUCGGACUGACUAUAUAAAAGUGCAAAGCCCAACGCUAGUACGGUACUUGCGGCGGCUCAUUAAAGCACUGUCAUACGGGAGUAGUUGUGACUUGUCAGAAGGCAUAAUUUGGACUUCCGAUGUUAUCUCUCCAGCCUUAUUCCGACUUUGUGCAAGUCACUUGAAAUAUUCUUGGGUAGAGGUAACUAGUAACUACUGGUUUCUAAUUCCACCCUUGUUUAGGUGGUUCUUCCGAACUCUCGGAUACACACCUGACAGACGUAGGGUUGCCCUUACAACCCUCGUCUACUCCGUUCUUUUCGCGAUCACAAGGAACGCCCUAGUGAUACCCUACUGGAUCAUAUCAUACAUGGUCUACAACAGUCCUGAACACCUGAGGGCCAGCCGCAUGCUGCCCAACCUCAAUCGAAUCUGGUUCACCGCCUCUCUCACCCUCGAUGCCCUAAACACGUACUGGGCACUACAAGUUUACCCCAUUGGACACCAAGCCGCUGUCUUACUCUAUACUGCCGACUGGCGCACGGAUAUCGAUCGCGCGAAGGCUCGACUACGUGGUCGCUUCCAGAGCGCCCGAAGACGUGCCAUGAACACGAAAUUGAUCAAGUCUCUACGGCGGACUGCCUCAUUCGGCCGAAUUCACCGAGCCUUUUCAAGACCUACCUUCCCCUACGACUUUGAUGUCUUUCCGGAGGCACUGAGCGAGCCAGAGUUCGAUGAUAAUUCAGACACGACCACUCCAAUUGACCAUUCCCCCACUCCGAAUGAUGGUGGAAACGAAUCGAGUCCAGAAGAUGGGCUGUAUUCAUCCUCUGGUCUCGUUUUUCGGGCUCGGCCAGAACCCUCUUCCGCCUAG